AUGAUACACCUGCGGCAGAUCGCAGGCAGAUCGCGGGCGCCUGUGAAACAAAAUCCAAUUGCCGCAGGCUUUUUCUCAUAUGCAGCUGCGCGGCCGCGCCAGAAUGUAAACCACCGUGUUCAACUCAUCAGUACACAAUGGACGCCGUCGCUAGAACGUCACGUUUCUGGGCUAUCCAGUCUGCGCACCCGACAAGGGACGCAUUCAUUCACGUAUCGAGCGGCACUUCUUCCUAAAACGCAGACUCGGACUGCCUUUCGUUAUGAAGACCCCGAACCGCGGCGUCGCAAAGCCGUCCCGGUCUUUGACGACCCCCGCGAUGACCCGCGGAUCAGAGAUGCGGAGCCUCUUCUGACGCCGCAGCAGAUAUUGCAAUUUUAUCGGUCACCCAGACUGCAAACCGUGGUGGUGUUAUGCUUCCUUGCUGCGAUCGCCUUUUACUACUCCAACAUCGAGACGGUGCCAGUGUCGGGGCGAAAACGUUUCAACUGCCACAGUGACGAGACUGUCCGCGAGCUGAGUGAGCAACAGUUCAAGGUGCUAAUGAAUGAGUUCCGGCACGCGGGUGUGAGAUUCCUGCCGUGGUGGGAUGUGCGGUCUCGCAUGGUCAAACGGGUUAUGGAGCGCCUCAAGCCCGUGAGUGGCAUGGAUGAUAUGGAAUGGGAGUUUUUUGUGAUUGACGACCCAGGAAAUGCAAACGCUUUUGUUCUUCCCUGUGGCAAGGUGUUUGUGUUUAGCGGCAUCUUCAGGCACGCUCGCACAGAAGAUGCCCUCGCGGCAGUGCUCGGCCACGAGAUAGCCCACAACCUUGCCAGUCAUGCUGCGGAGCAAAUGUCUGCCAGCAUCGGGACCAACGUUCUCUUCUGGAGCGUUGCAAUAUUGACAUUUGGACUUUUCACCAUACCUGUGAUGUACGGUGCCGGGGUCCUCAAGUUUCUCUUCGAGUCGCCCAUGAGUCGGAUGCAGGAGACCGAAGCCGACCAGAUUGGCCUCUUGAUGAUGGCCGAGGCGUGUUACGACCCACGCCAGGCUAUACCUUUCUGGAGAAGCAUGCAGCAGUACCAAGGAUCACACGAGCCGCCAGAGUGGCUCAGUACACAUCCCUCGCAUCAAUCCCGAAUUGAAAACAUCCAAAAAAUGCUUCCGUUGGCUCUCGAAAAGAGAGAACAGAGCGACUGCAGGGGAACUCAGGGAUUUGCUCAGGAUUUCAAGCGGGCCAUGCGCCGCGGUGAGAUUAUUGCGUUAUACCCGACGAGAAUUAUCUAA